GGCUCCUCCAACCCUUGGGCUGGCGGGGCUACCGUCUGGGCGAGGGACUGGGCGAGGGACUGGGCGCUGGGCCGAGCCGCCUGUCCCCCUCACCCGCUCCCCUGCCGCGUUCCGCGGGCUGGACGCGCUGGAGAAGUUGAGCAGCGCCCGGGCCGGCCCUGGGGGCUGACAGUCGGUAAAGUUUGGCCCGAAGAGGAAGUGGCCUCAAGCCCCGGCAGGUGGCGGCCAGGCCUGGACCUGGGCGCUCGCGGCCUGCGGGCGGGCUCUAGGCGAAGGCGCGCCCCAGCGUCGGGCUUCGAGCCGAUUUCCGGGGCUUCGGGGGCCGGCCUCGGGAGAGAGACGGCGGCGGCCCGGGAAAACAACUCCGAAGUUGGCGAGAGGCACCGCCCCUGCGCCCGGGCCGCCUCCGCCCCCCACCCGCCCCCAGCCCUGGCAUCCAGAGCAUCGGUCGAGGGGCCCGGGCCAUGGACUCCCCUCGGGGAGGCGGCACUGGGGGGCCAGGACGCCCGGAGAGGCACCGCCUCCCCACUGGGUAGACCACCGAAGCUCCGGGACUCUUCCUGCUCCUCCGGACGGCUCACGAUGCUGCCGGCCAUCCUUCUCUUCCUCCUGGGAGGCGCUGUGGCCCACCCAGACCGGAUCAUUUUCCCAAAUCCUGCCUGUGAGGACCCCCCGGCAGUGCUCUUGGAAGUGCAGGGCACCUUACAGAGGCCUGUGGGCCGGGACAGCCGCAGCUUCCCUGCCAACUGUACCUGGCUCAUCCUGGGCAGCAAGGAGCAGACAGUAACUGUCAGGUUCCAAAAACUGCAUCUGGCUUGUGGCUCAGAGCGCUUAAUCCUGCGCUCGCCCAUUCAGCCACAGAUCUCCCUGUGUGAGGCGCCUGCCAGCCCUCUGCAGCUGCCUGGAGGCAACGUCACCAUCACCUACAGCUAUGUCGGGGCCAGAGCACCCAUGGGCCAGGGCUUCCUGCUCUCCUACAGCCAAGAUUGGCUGAUGUGCCUGCAGGAGGAGUUCCAGUGCCUGAACCACCGCUGUGUGCCCUUGGUCCAGCGCUGUGAUGGGGUUGAUGCCUGUGGCGAUGGCUCUGACGAGGCCGGUUGCAGCUCAGACCCCUUCCGUAACCUGACCCCAGCCCCUGUCCCCACCCCACCCUGCAAUCACACCUUGGAAGACUUCUAUGGGGUCUUCUCCUCCCUCGGAUACUCACACCUGGCCUCAGUCUCCCACCCCCAGUCCUGCCUCUGGCUGUUGGAUCCCCAUGAUGGCCGACGCCUGGCAGUGCGCUUCACGGCCCUGGACCUGGGCUAUGGAGAUGCCGUGCACGUGUAUGAUGGUGCUGGGCCCCUUGAGACCCUCCGGCUGCUGCGCAGCCUCACUCACUUCAGCAACGGCAAGGCUGUCACCGUGGAGACGCUGUCCGGCCAGGCCACCGUGGACUACCGCACAGUCCCUUGGAGCAACGGUCGGGGCUUCAAUGCCACCUACCACGUGCGGGGCUACUGCUUGCCUUGGGACCGACCCUGUGGCUUAGGCGCUGGCCUGGGGGCUAGCGAGGGCCUAGGCGAGCGCUGCUACAGCGAGGCACAGCGCUGCGACGGCUCAUGGGACUGUGCCGAUGGCACGGACGAGGAGAACUGCCCCAGCUGCCCGCCUGGACACUACCCCUGCGGGGCCGCCGGCACCCCGGGUGCCACAGCCUGCUACCUGCCUGCUGACCGCUGCAACUACCAGACCUUCUGUGCUGACGGAGCAGAUGAGAGACGCUGUCGGCACUGCCAGCCUGGCAACUUCCGGUGCCGGGACGAGAAGUGCGUGUAUGAGACGUGGGUGUGCGACGGGCAGCCAGACUGCGCAGACGGCAGCGACGAAUGGGACUGCUCCUACGCCCUGCCCCGCAAGGUCAUUACUGCCGCAGUCAUUGGCAGCCUUGUGUGCGGCCUGCUGCUGGUCAUCGCCCUGGGCUGCACCUGCAAGCUCUAUGCCAUUCGCACCCAGGAGUACAGCAUCUUCGCCCCCCUCUCCCGGAUGGAGGCCGAGAUUGUGCAGCAGCAGGCGCCUCCCUCUUACGGGCAGCUCAUUGCCCAGGGCGCCAUCCCGCCUGUAGAGGACUUCCCUACGGAGAACCCAAACGAUAACUCAGUGCUGGGCAACCUGCGUUCUCUGCUGCAGAUCUUGCGCCAGGACAUGACUCCAGGGAGUGCCUCAGGAACCCGCCGCCGCCAGCGGGGCCGCUCGAUGCGCCGACUGGUGCGCCGUCUCCGCCGCUGGGGCCUGCUUCCUCGAACCAACCCCCCAGCCCGGACCUCUGAGACCAGAUCCCAGGUCACACCUUCUGCUGCUCCCCCUGAGACCUUAGAUGGCAGCACUGGUCCAGCCUGUGAGGCCGGGGCGGCGGGUGGGCAGGACGGGGAACAGGCACCCCCGCUGCCAGUAAAGGCUCCACUGGCACCUGCCAGCACGUCUCCAGCCUUCCCUCCCAUCCCUGAGGCCCCGGGGCCACUGCCUGCGGCGCCCCUGGAGCCAUCACUGCUGUCUGGAGUGGUACAGGCCCUACGAGGCCGCCUCCUGCCCAGCCUGCGGCCCCCAGGACCAACUCGGGCCGCACCUGGACCCCACACAACAGUCCUCUCCCCAGAGGAUGAGGAUGAUGUGCUGUUGGUACCACUGGCUGAGCCCAGGGUCUGGGUAGUCGAGGCAGAAGAUGAGCCACUGCUGGCCUGAGGUGACCUGGCUCCUCUGGGCGCUCUAUUCACAGUGACAGCAACCCUUUAGAGGGCAGCGCAUCUUCCCCUCCACUCUUUGCCUCCCUGUUCCUCAGUGUGAGGGGACUGGAUGGGCCUCCCAUUGAUCCCAUGUAGCUGCUAUAAAGUUAGGUGUCCCUCAGGCAGGGAGAGGGCUCACACAGAGCCCCUCUGCGCAUGGCCAGAGACCACAGUCCACCACCACCCUCUCCCCACACCCACCACCAUUUGGGUGGCUGUUUUUAAAAAGUAAAGUUCUUAAAGGGUCAUAGGCCUGGACACUCCAUCCUUGCCAAACCCACCCAGAAGUGGCCUUAAACACCAGAAUGCCAAUUGGCUGGAGACUUCCAGCCCCCAAGGGGAGGAUUUGGGCAGGGCCUGAGGUUUUGCCAAUGGUGAUCCCUCCUACAAGGCCUGGCUCCUAAAAAAGAGCACAACAGGUGCUUCUGUCCCAUAGUUAGGUCAUUGCCCAGGAAGCCAAGAUUGAAAAUAAAGGAAUCAGAAAUUUAAGAGUUUCGUAAA